CCGUUUAAAAUGCAGUAAAUAAAUUACCAAUUUAAGAGGUUAUUUCGUGCCAAUUAAUCACCAAUUAGACGCUGAUCGAAACGAAAAGCUAAUGAUGAUAGUCGGUAACUAGUUUAUAAUCUUUUGACGGAAUGAAAAACAUUUGAUUAAAAAAAUCGUCAUCGAUCAUUAAAGCAUUGUAAACAGCUAUUACUCAACCAAAAUUGAAUUUAAUUCACGCAUCGGAAGCACGUAUUCUCGGUGAACAUUCGUCGACGAAAUAAAGAGGGGUCACUUCAGAUUCCCGUGCACGUGUAAGAACGGCGGCGAUCUACUCCGCGUGGCAAAAACGCGAAGUCGUAAGAAAAAGUGAUGUGGACGCGUGGGACAGUGGGCGAGGGCAAUAUUCAUUCGUUGAACUUAAAUAACGUCUUAUCAAAGUGGUGCCCAAUUAUGUAUAGAUCAAUAUUGUAAUCGUUAAUAACAUUAACGAGACCCGGCACAGUCAGUCGAACGAAAAUCACGCGCGCCGUCGGUCGGUCUCACGUUCCAGAACACAUAAUACUCGCUUCCAGGGGCACGGUGAACACAACCCGGAUCCCGUUCCGUACACGUGCCGCUAACUGUUCACCGGUUCGAGGGGGUGAGGGCACACACGUUCGCGUCGUUAUUCCGAAACCGAUGUCGGCGACGGCGGUACCAUAACGAUCCGCCUUCGCACCGACCGCGACCGGUUCAAAACGGUCUUUUUUUUUUCUUUUCCACACGCGACAACCCUUUGUUCCGAUUAAUAUCGUUGGGUGACGUAUGUGUUGCAGCAGUUCGGACUGAAAAUGUCGACUGUUAAAGGCGUGAUGGCGAACGUGUCCGUGGAGCCGGUGGUGUUCCUGUACUUCGUCACGAUGGUGUUCUCGGGGUACUUGAGCACGAACCUGUUGCUGUACAAGGCGUGCGACCCGACCGGCGCGAUGGCCCAGCUGGUGGGAUCCAAGUGCCCUGACGAGGCCAAGGCGCAGCACGUGGUGGCGCCGAUCAACGGCUAUAAGCUGCUGGUGCAGCAGGUGGUGCCCGUCGCGCUGGCCAUGUUCGCGGGCACGUGGAGCGACCGGCACGGCCGUCGCCGCAGGCCUCUCGUGUUGUUGCCCAUCAUCGGCCAGAUACUUUCGGACGCGCUGUCGCUAUACUGCACCGUCCGGUGGUCGGUGUCCCCCGCGGUUACGGCCACCAUGCAGGCGGCCGCGAUAGCGUGCUCGGGCGGACCGGCGAUGCUGUUCAACGGCAUCAACUCGUACGUGGCCGACAAGACGGCAGAGGAAUGGCGUACGGUCAAAUAUGGCAUGAUCGGCGGCGUCAUAUCCGUGGGAUGCAUACUGGGAAUGCUCGUGUACGGCUCGGUCAUCGUCAACGUGGGCUUUGCGGCCGCGUACCAGAUCUCCAUAGGCCUGGGUCUGUUGUGCCUGGCGCUGGCGUUCGGUUUCAUGGACGACGCCGAGCUGACACCGUCCGACAAGCUGCCGCUGUACCGGGACGUAUUGCGCACCAUAAACCCCAUGGAAGUAUUGCGCAACUCUUACGGCGUGCUGACCAAACGGCGCCAAGGCAACGACACCGUCAUCCUGUGCAUCGUCGUGCUGUUAUGCGCUCCACUUACGUGCAUACCGCUGGAGGGAGAGAUGUCAGUUAUGUAUUUAUUUUUGAGGUAUAAAUUUCAAUGGAACGAAGAACAAUUUAGUGUUUUCAACGCUUAUCAGAUGACCGUUGUAUUAAUAGGUACAAUAUUUGCAUUAGGAAUUUUAAGCCACAAAUUUCGAAUGGACGAUGCAUUGAUUGGUACUAUCGCUGCAAUAUUUGAUUUACUUUGUGCUAUAGCUUUCUUUUUAGUUACACAAUCAUGGCAACUAUACAUAGUGCCACCACUGGAAUUAUUCCGAGGAGCAGCUCUAUCUUUAACAAGUUCUAUAGCAUCAAAAUGUGUUGGGCCUACUGAAUUAGGUGCGAUGAAUUCUGUAAAAUUGCUAAUGGAAAGUUCGCUAAAAAGCGGAUUUUUACCGUUUUACAAUUUUAUGUACAACCAUACGUUUGAAUCUAUGCCAGGCGCAUUUUUUUUGAUUAGUAUUGCCCUAACUGCUCCACUAGUUUUCAGCUUUGGUUACAUAUACUACAUUCGUCGAAAACAAUUGAAAUCCACUCCUAAUCUGGAAAGCAUCAAUGGUAUUACAAUACAGAAGACGGAAAUAAUCCCAAUCGAUGAACCGACAGAUAUAACAAGUCACAUUUAAUUUAAAUAUAAUCAUCUUGGUAUAUAAUAUAUUUAAGCAUUUGUGUAUAGCUGUAUGUAUUGUG